CAUCCAUUCCAUAUCCAUCAUCAUCCUCUGGGUCUAAUUCGGUAGUUUCUUCCUCAAUGGCACCGGCAAUAAUGAACAACUCCAUAGCUUCUAUUUCAGCAAUGGUCAGAGAGGCCCUAGAGGGCAUAGGAAGUGACGAACACGCGGCGAUGUGCAAAAAUAUGAAAAAAACGACUGCGGGAGGUUAACUCGGACAAAUCGGGAUAAGUAGCAAGAUUACCUUCACACGAUCCCUCAAGGGUAUCAUCAUGCCUAUCGUUUCUCCCGUCGAAUUAGAAGCUGUUCAAGUUGACUACCUGGUCGUUGGAGGUGGCACAGCGGGACUUGUCGUUGCUACGAGGUUGAGCGAGAACCCUAACGCGGUCGUGGUCGUUCUUGAAGCCGGAGUUAGUCAUGCAGGAGACCCAAGUGUUGAUACACCAGGCUUCAUGGUUCGGAACGCAACUAACCCAAGAUACGAUUGGACGUUCUUCACCGAACCUCAAAAGUACGCUCUUGACCGGAAAAUUCAAAGCUCUCGCGGGAAAGGCCUAGGUGGAUCCUCCGGAUUGAACAAUCUCGCCUUUGUUCGUCCUGUCAGCGAGGAGCUUGACGCAUUUGAGAAACUCGGAAAUCCUGGUUGGAAUUGGGACAACCUACUCGGUUAUAUGAAGAAGAGUGAGCACCUUUGUGUGCCUUCAUUGUCGCCCGAGGAGAAGAAAGCCCUUGCAGUCGAUCCGGAUCCAGCGUUCCACGGAACCGAUGGCCCUAUCGCCGUCUCUUUCCCGCCAUAUGUGUCUCCAAUCCACACCCAGAUCUUAGACAGUCUGGAGACACUCGGACUGCCACGAAACAACGAGAUUAAUGCCGGUAGGAAUGUCGGCUCGUUUCUUAUCUCCUCCUCGGUGGAUCCUGUCACGGCGACCCGAUCAUAUUCUGCCUCUGCCUAUCUCCAACCUCACUUGGACAGGAAGAACCUACUUGUGGUCACCGAAGCAUUUGCAACCAAGAUUCACUUUGAAGGCAACCCUGAUCUUCCACGAGCGAAUGCAGUAGACUUCAUUCACAAUGACCAGAGUCACACUAUCAGAAUAGCCAAAGAGGUAAUCCUGUCUGCCGGAACAUUCCAGACGCCCCAGCUCCUCGAAACCUCUGGUAUCGGCGACCCUCGCGUGCUAGAGCCCCUUGGAAUCCCUUGUGUUGUGAAUCUGCCUGGUGUCGGGGAGAAUCUUCAGGAUCAUAUGAAAGCCCCGACCGUCGUUCAAGUCAAGCAAGACCUCCAGACCCUGGAGAUUCUCCAUGAUCCCGAGGAACUUAAGCUUCAGCAGGAGCUCUAUAAGCAAAAGAAGGGCAUAAUGGCCGGGAUGCUCUCUUCCUGUUUUGCAUUCCUGCCCGGAAACCUUAUUGGUGACUUGGAGGCCGUGAAGAAAUGGAAGGACCUAUCCAAUGUAGAUGGGUCUGCUCCUGAGGUGUUCCAAAAUACGCAUCCAGAUGUACUUCGGGGCAUCAAGAAACAAUACAAGAUUCUCGAAACCUACAUUGACGACUCUAAACAUCCCCUUGCACAGUUACUCAAUGUGAACGGACACUUCCCGGUGGUUGGCUAUAUUCCUGACAACUCGAAGCGGUACAUGACUCUCAUCGUUGCCUACACCCACCCCUUCUCCCGCGGCUCCAUUCAUAUCACAUCACCCGAUCCCCGAGUUCCCCCAGCUAUUCAGCCCAACUACCUGUCCAAUCCGGCCGACUUGGAUAUACUCUCAAAGGCAGUUGAUUUUACACUUCGGCUUUAUGAAACUCCACCGCUCAAGGACAUAAUUAUCGCGCCCGUGGCACCACCAUUCUCGAAGUCGGACAGUGAUUCUGAGAAACUGAACAAGUUUUCUCGCGAGGUUAUAUCAACAGUGCAUCACCCUGUGGGGACGGCUUCUAUGCUACCGAGGGAAGACGGCGGAGUAGUGGAUCACGACCUCCUGGUCUAUGGAACUGCUAACCUGCGUGUCAUCGAUUGCUCCAUCAUGCCAUUGCUCAUCUCGUGCAAUAUUGUCACGCUCGCAUAUGCUAUUGGAGAGAAGGGCGCUGAAAUUAUCAAGAAAGCUAACGGCGAUUGAGUACAUUGUAUUUCAUGUGUCAAUAAUGGAACAUGGUAUCUCCUUCUGCGGUGUCGGUUCGACCACAGAUACACGCAAGUCUGUAGUUGAGGUCGACUGUUGUUUUCAGAAUCCAUUUGAAAAACGGCCUGAUGAGCGACUGGAACAUUACUCCCGAGGUGCACUCCAGGAUCCAGCGACGUUCUGAUUUUGAUGGAGGGCUUACCUAGAUGGAAAAUCAAGAUGAGGACACGUCUGGAUCUCAGGGCCGUUCCGCCGGUUGAACUUGAAGGAACCACUUCAAAACCAAAGGAACCAGGAUUGAAUGCACGACAUGUAUACCGUCGAGACCUUUCGUGGUAGCAGUUCCCGACUCAAAGAACGUCAGGAACGCAGAUUUGGACUCCGUCGAGGCGGAUGGUUCAUUCAAUAGAAGACGGAGACAGGCGAAAUGCUGUACUUAAUGCUGUAGUGGGUGGGCAGUCAUGCUCGACUUAUGUUGCACAGGCAGAUCGAGGUGUGCGAAAAUC